AUGUACCUACUUUAUACUAUUACCUAUAUGCUAUUCUUAUCCCUUUAUACUAUACUAUUCUAUUCCUCUUAUACUAUUCUUAUCCCUUUAUACCUUUAUAUUCUUAUACUUUUAUACUUUUAUACUUUUAUACCUAUAACCAUUUAUACCUUUAUACCUUUAUACCUUUAUACCUUUAUACUUUAUACUAUUUCCUCUUAUACCACCUAUUCUUAUUAUAAAAAUACGCCCCCCACUAUCUUUACUAUACCUUAUUCUUAUUUUUUACUUUUUACUUUUUACUUUUUAUUUCUUCUAUGUAUAUAUAUAUAUUAUAUAUGUACUUAUGUACUUCUUAUUCUUUUAUGUAUAUAUGUACUUAUGUAUAUAUUUAUAUAUUUAUAUAUGUAUAUAUUUAUAUAUGUAUAUAUGUAUAUAUGUACCCUCUUAUUAUGUUUAUCCUAUUAUACCCUUCUUAUUACUCCUUAUAACUUUAUCCUAUUAUUACCUAUUCAACUUAUGCUUAUCAUAUUUACUUUAUCAUAUCUACUUUAUUAUUUCUACUUUAUCAUUUCUGCUUAUCAUAUCUACUUUAUCAUUUCUGCUUAUCAUAUCUACUUUAACAUUUCUGCUUAA